AGAACAACAUGAAUCCAAAGCCGGAGCCACAUUUUUUGCUCGAGCGCCAACGGCCGGCAGACGUUUCCCGCCUCAUCGUGCCGUCGCCAGGGCGCCCCCAGUGGCGGGGCGUUGCGUUUAUUUCCAGAGCGCCCCCCAGUGGCAGGGCAGCAGUCGCCAUGGAGACCGCGGGCCAGGUCAGGGUCGGUCCGUGCUGCUGUUUCCAUGGUGACGCGGCCGGCGGAAAAUGAAGUGGUGGAGGCGCGACUGGGCCUGGAUGUGGGCCGUUGCAGGGAUGCUGGCCACUCCGUGUGUACUAGCCACUCCGUGGUAUACUUCUCAGCCUCCCGCUGCUGCAGCAGAAGGCAAAGAAAAUGAGGAUGGGCAAAAGUGGGAAUACGUCACCCGAGCUUCUGAACAUGUCGAGGAGGGACUGGACACUAGACAAGACCUGUUGAAAGCAAACAGCCACUUUGAACAGAUGCGUAAGACUGCAAAGUUCAGAUUUGUGUUGCCGAACAUCAACAUGAACCAACCAGUCGGCUCGUCGGUGCUGCUGUCUGUUAAUCCCAACAGGUUAAGGAGGAAGGUGGUGUGGAAGUUUCGCAAUCAUGAACGUGAACUGACCAUCCUGGAGCACGUGUCCUAUAGUAACAUGGUGUCCUUCAAUUCAUACUUCAGAUACCGGGCUGAUUAUGAUUUAUUGACUGGUUCACUUUUAGUGACUAAAUUGGAAUUGACAGAUGGUGGCUUAUAUGAAGUAAUUUUGAGUGAACUCACAGACGACAAGACAAUUACAUCCAAAAAUGUCUAUUAUUACUUGAAAGUGCAGGAGCUGCUGAGUACCCCAAGGAUAUAUCAGAAACCUAACUAUAUCAUGGAUAGUGUUCAGCUGAUCUGCUUUAUGCGAGAUAUUCAAAACAUCUACACUGAAUGGGCGAAAGACGGUGUGUCGUUGGUGAACAAUUCCCAUUUCGAAGUGAGCAAUGAUGGCAGUAUGCUGCUCAUUAAAGAGCUGAGAGUGUCGGACUGUGGCUCGUACAUGUGCCGAGUGCACAAUGACGUCAGCGCCAAUUUUGCUUCACUCUUUCUCAGUGCCGACGGUAAGAUCUCAUUGAGAAUGUGGAAUAACUCAGGAUCCAGUUAUUUUGGAUUCUAAGUUGUUUAUUAAGAAAGCCCACAUAGCUCAAAUA